AUGCUCCAGGAAGACGAUUUUCAGCAGUACGCGGAAAGCGAGAGAUACGUCUCCGCACGAGAGACUCUCCCAGAGUACGACUCGGAGAAGGUCUUCAUGCUUAUGGACGUGAGCACGGGAAUGCAAAAUGUGCGCUUCUACUUGCACCGGGGGAAUGGGUUUUCGAGCGUCUACUUGCACCUGCACCAGAGGAACUCCCUGGGGAAGUGCACUUCCAUCUGCAAGAAAGUCUCCAACUGCACGCUUUCUAGCGAGUCCUGCACGAAGAGAAAGGACGAAAAGUGCUUGAAAUUUUCCUGCUCGCAGUGUGGGACGCUGAAAACGCCUCUGUGGAGGAAGUUCGAGGAUACAGUCGUUUGCAACGCGUGCGGACUGUACUCCAGGACGCACGGGGGACUCUCUCGUCCCAGGCGCCUUUUCAAGGGCAAGGACCCGGAAAGUGGCAGUGCGCCAAUGGAAAGGCAGGAUAUAUAA